CGCGCCCGCGGUCCGCGCCGUGAAGAGCCGCCUUGCAGAGGCGUUGCUCUCCCUCCCUCCCUCAGGCCCGGGGACUCGGCCUGCCCGGCUCGGCCGCCGGAGUUUACGGGCCGCGGCCCUCGCGACCAGCCCUUCUCCGCCCGGGUCCCAAACGCCGCCGGGGCCGGGGCCGGGGCCGGGGCCGUCUCUGGCAGGAGCGCAGCUGCGGGGCGCAUCGAUUGCACCGUCCGCUGCCCGCUUUCCGGGCGGGUCUGCCCCGAGCGGCGGGGCUCGGCUCGGCUCGGCUCCGGAAGGGGGUCGGCCUCCUUGCCCUGGUCGUCCCCGGAGGAGCGUCCUCCAGGCGGUUCGGGGCGUUUCAGGUCUCUUCUCUGCCUGGAAAAUAGCUGGAGACGGACUCUGGGAUUUAAGUUUGGAAGUCAGUCAAGGCCGGCUCAAGUUCACCACCCUUGUCAGCUAACACCAUUUUGUGUUGUUGGCGAUAACCUUCAAUUUGGGGGUUGUGUCACGGGAUAUACUUGUUAAUCUCUUUUCCUUUUCUUUCGUUUGCUAUGUCCUGACCAUGAAAAAGUCCGAACGUUCAGGUGUGCCUUAAUUUUAUUUAUAUAUACAUAUAAAAUUGGUCGCUGCUCAUCUCGUUAAAAAACGACUGUAUUACCAGUUAAUACAGUUGAUUUGAAGCCUCCAGGCCUGCGCGCCCUGAUCCCGCUCUCCCCCACUCCGCGCCCUCCACUUUGGACCACCGCCCCCAUGAUGUGCAUCAGCUGGGCCGGUUGAGUGCAACGGGCCUUGUAGUCCAACCCGCGUGGAGCAGGUUGGGAAGCUUGCUGCAAUGCCGUUUUUUAUAAUGCACGUAAUAUGUACACGCACAAAUAAUCAUUGGUGUAAUAAAGCGCUGUAUGGAACAAAACCAUUCCCAAGGCAGCUUGUGUAUAGAAAAAAAAAUACUAGUAAAAACUGACAUGAAAUAUGCCUCUCUUCCCCCCCCUUUGCUUCCUGGCAGAACGGCUUUACGAUUCCUCUCCUGUGUGCUGAGUUAGUUAUUCCACUUCCUGCCUCCUGUAGCUGUCUGUUGCCCUGGUCUGUUAGAGACCAAGAUCCAGAAAUGAGGAGGAAUCUGGCACAGCGGUGCCUUCUCCGACUAACAACUUUUAUUCAGCGGCAUCAGUUUUCGCGAGCCGCAGCUCACGAUGCCUUUGGAUAAAACGUGUUCGCGGGAAAAGUGCUAAAGACUCCUGGUUUUUUGCUACCACAGACCAGCAAGGCUCUCCCCCUACAAAGACCGACGUCGAAGCAUCUUUGUCUUUUUCCGUCUGCUCCGGCAGGACCCAGUUUCGACCUCCUUCCUGUUUAGCGAGGCGGGAAUGUCAGCGGGGCAGUUUUUUUCCCCGUCAGCUGCCGCCUCCAACUUUGUCCCCUCCUUCUCUUGCAGUGGGCCAUGGAGGGUGCCUUUGUCAAGCACAGCGUGCGGGUCCUUCAGGAACUCAACCGACAGCGGGAGAAGGGCCAGUUCUGUGACGCCACCCUGGCGGUGGGCAGCUUGGUGUUCAAGGCCCACUGGAGUGUCCUGGCCUGCUGCAGUUCCUUCUUCCAGACCAUGUACGAUGGCGCUUCCAGCAAAAUCAUCCUCCCGGAGACCUUUGUGGAGGUCUUCACGCUCCUCCUCGACUUCUUCUACACGGGACACUUGGCGGUCACCUUGGACAACCGGGAGAAGCUUCUGGAGACGGCGAAGGAGCUCUGCAUCCCCGAAGCCAUCCAGCUGUGCCAGGAGUUUAAAUCCGGACACUCGGAGGGCGCCAAGCAGAACGGCAAACUUCCGCUCGACAAGGACCCUGGCGUUCCUCCUAACGCCACACUGGAUUUGCCGGGAGAGUCAGCCUGCGAUGCUGCACCCCCAGGCCCCCCAUCCCCAGAAAGUCCCCGGAUCCGGGGAAGCCAAGUAGCUCAGGGGGAAAGAGAGGGUCCCACCCUCCCCCGGGGAAGGUUGAAAAGAGUUCCCAAAACAAACGUCCUGAGCUACGCAGGUGACGUAAAGGACGCCCCGGAAUGUAAGGAACUAAAAAGGCCACUGAAAAGAGAAGCUGCCGAGGACGCGGGCGCCAGUAACGAGGAGACACAGGAGGUUCUGGGAUCAAGCGAUCUCCCCUCUGAAGAUUACAGCGGAGGAAGAGGAAAAGAGGACACGGAUGAGGAUUACGUUCCUGAUCAGAAGAGCGUCCGGGCAAGAAAAAGGACUUCCUUGAGCAGAGUGUCUCGCAGCAGCUCCAAAACCACCGGAAAUAGCCAUCAUCUCAAGGCCACAGCCCUCAGACCCCGCAGAGGCACAUCUGAACCGGUUGAAUGUCCCACCUGCCAUAAGUCUUUUCUGAGCAAAUAUUAUCUGAAGGUGCACAACAGGAAGCACACAGGGGAGAAGCCCUUUGAAUGCUCCAAGUGUGGGAAGUGCUACUUUCGGAAGGAAAACUUGCUGGAUCACGAGGCCAGAAACUGCGUGAGCCGUUCAGAGCAGGUGCACACUUGCUCCAUCUGUCAAGAGGUGUUCAAGAGGCGGGUGGAGCUGCGCCUGCACAUGGUGACCCACACGGGAGAGAUGCCUUACAAGUGCUGUUCUUGCAUCCAGCAGUUCAUGCAGAAGAAGGAACUGCAGAGCCACCUGAUCAAGCUGCACGGCGCCCCCAAGCCCCACGCGUGCUCCUCGUGUUCCAAGUGCUUCCUCUCUCGCACGGAGCUGAACCUGCACGAGGCCUUCAAGCACCGGGGGGAGAAGCUGUUCGUCUGCGAAGAGUGCGGCCACCGAGCCUCCAGCCGCAACGGCUUGCAGAUGCAUGUCAAGGCAAAGCACAGGAACGAGCGCCCUCACGUCUGCGAGUUCUGCCAGCACGCCUUCACCCAGAAGGCCAACCUCAACAUGCACCUUCGGACCCACACUGGCGAGAAGCCCUUCCAGUGCCACCUCUGCGGGAAAACCUUCCGCACGCAAGCGAGCCUGGAUAAGCACAACCGGACCCACACCGGGGAGCGCCCCUUCAGCUGCGAGUUUUGUGCCCAGCGGUUCACCGAGAGAGGCCCGCUGCUGAGACACGUGGCCAGCCGGCACCAGGAAGGGAGGCCGCACUUCUGCCAGAUCUGCGGGAAAACAUUCAAAGCAGUGGAACAGCUGCGCGUCCACGUCCGCCGGCACAAAGGGGUGCGAAAGUUUGAGUGCACGGAAUGUGGAUACAAAUUCACACGACAGGUAUUGUGCACCACGUUCCGGCUUCUCUUCUGUCGGCUGGAAGUGGGGAGGAGUCGUCUAAAGCCUCCCCCCCCCCGUCCUCAGUCAGAAUUGCCUUGGCUAAAAACUGAAAAGCUCCGCUGGCUUUUCCCAUCUGGAGGGGCCAGACCAGCUGUUCCCAGCUGUUGUUCCCCAGUAGAACAUCUGUUACAUCUUACCUAAGAAAGAUAUAGCGUUCUUGUAUCAGAGCAUUCCUUCUCUCUUGUUGUACCAGCCCUGGGAGGUAGGCUAGUAUUGUACUUUCUGCACCAGUUACGUAGGCAGAGGCCUUCUCCCUGAAGGUCCACCCCACGAUGGCGGGGCAGCUGAACUCGGGGGCCUUCCUUGCCGUGGCUCUGACCUGCUCUC